GCAAAUUAGCAUAAUGAUUAGUUUUCAUGGUUUUGAAGUUCCGUACGAAAAAAUAUCUAAAGAAAAUAUCUUAGUCAUCCAUACAAAACACCGACUCCCUCUUUCGUUCAAAUACUCUUCACUGCAAACCAACGGAAAAGGCAGAUUCAGAGAACCAACGGCAAUGGAGAACGAUAGAAGGCCUGGAAGGAGCGACGCUCGUUUAUCCAUGGAGGAAGAAAGAGAAAUGGAGGCCAAAACUCGAGAGUAUUUCAAUGGCGUAGCACCCAAACGCCAUACUAAGCCUCAGCGCAGCGAGUUCUCUGCUCAUUACGUCGAUAAAGGAAAUGACGAGGACAAUUACAUUCCUGAACUCGCCGAGUUUCAGCGCCUUGAAUCUGAUCCUCACGAGAGACUUACUUAUGAUGGCCGUAACGGCAAGAUCUCUGAGGAAUUUGUGGAGACGAAGUAUUAUGAUGAUCUCAAUUGUGUAGACAAACAGCACCACACGACAGGAACAGGAUUCAUAAAAAUGGAGAACGGAGAUUGCAAAGGUUUUAGACUCGCACCAGAUUCUGCAGAUGCCGGUUGCUGCCAUGGCUCUUGUAGGGGUAAUCCGGCGACCAACGACUGGAUUCCGGCCAGUAACGAUCUGGGACAUUUUACUUUGGGCUUAGGGAAGCCAAACAGAAGUGAUAAUUAGUGAAGAAGAAAAACAUGUGAUUGUUGCUAUUCUUAAGGAGUUAAGACGUUGCAUUGCAUGGAGAAGUACGCUGCAUAAUCUUUAUAUUAUUUCUACUUAUGGUUCAACUUGAAAAGGAAAAAAGAAACAAUAUUAUGUGUAAACUUAUGUUUGGUCACUUACUUUAGGUCUAUGCUCUAUGUGUAGGUUUAAUUUUUGCAUUUUGAUUGUGUUAGCUUUUCAAUUUCCCUCGUUAUUUUGAUUCCUAGAUUGUGAUCGCUGAAAUGAAUUCUACACAUUUGAAAUAAGAUUCAAUCAAGGAUUGAAAUAUUUGUCACUA